AUGGGGGAGUUUCACCGGGCGGUGAACGGCACGAUCAUCUGCGAGAUGAUGCCGAACCAAAGGGCGCCGCCGUCGUCUCAGCAGGCAACACAGCGGGACAGCGGGAGCGAGAAGAUCGUGCUCCAGCCACGGCUCUGCACGCUCCGUUUGUACAGCGGCGUGGUGGCGUGGAGGCGGCUGCCGGGGGAGGAGGAGACCGACGGCGGCGUGGACGGCGCCGGGUCCUCCCCGUUCUUCGCGUCGCUCGCCGACUACAUCGACAGCACCCGCAAGAGCCAGAACUUCGAGAUCAUUUCCGGCCGCCUUGCCAUGUCAGCGGUGUGA